UCCCUGCGGAGGCGCUGAUGAGCACGUUUUGGCUGAUCGGUCAUAUGACAGCUGCUUUUGUCCCUCUUCGCUUCCCCACUGGAAAAACGGCACAUCUGACAGGGAGGGAGACGAAACAGGUACCACCAUCAGGGGAGCGCUGACCACCGACCUCAAGAUGCUUGCACUAAUAAACCGGCUUUUGGACUGGAUCAAGUCUCUGUUUUGGAAGGAGGAGAUGGAGUUGACGCUGGUCGGCCUGCAGUACUCGGGGAAAACAACAUUUGUAAACGUGAUCGCUUCUGGGCAUUUCAGUGAAGAUAUGAUUCCUACAGUCGGGUUCAACAUGAGGAAGGUCACUAAAGGAAAUGUCACGAUCAAGAUCUGGGAUAUAGGAGGGCAGCCGAGGUUCAGGAGCAUGUGGGAGCGUUACUGUCGGGGAGUUAAUGCAAUCGUGUACAUGGUUGACGCUGCAGAUCGAGAAAAGGUGGAGGCAUCGAGAAAUGAGCUUCAUAAUUUAUUAGACAAACCUCAGUUGCAAGGAAUUCCCGUUUUGGUACUGGGUAACAAAAGGGAUCUCCCCACUGCACUAGACGAGAAGCAGCUCAUUGAGAAAAUGAAUCUGUCAGCUAUACAGGACAGGGAGAUAUGCUGUUACUCUAUUUCCUGCAAAGAGAAAGACAACAUUGAUAUCACACUUCAGUGGCUCAUCCAGCACUCAAAGUCACGCAGGAGCUGAAAAAACCCAAGUUGUUUUCCAGCUGUUAUUGCCCUGUUACCGUCAUGUCACACCCUCAUCACUCUGCCAUGAUGUACAGUCGUAUCCUCACCUGCACUUCACCGUGCUGCACUGUUUUGCUUGUGUGACUUUUUUUUUUUUUUUUU